CGGGGCGUCAACCGUCCGCUUCAUCCAGUGCCUGUCAAGGCUCCAGCUCUUGGGUCACUUUUCUUUUUAAAAAUCACACAUCCCUUGCUUGUUUCCAGAGAAAGACCGGGAGCGCGAGCCGGGAAUCGAGGGCCCUCAAUAACCAACAUCACGCGAGGUGGAAUUAUUUCCAAGCCAUGGAAGGCUGCGAAGAGGCUUUUGCUGCUUAGCAAAGCAUCGGCGAGAAAGCCGUCUCAGAGAAAAGAAAAAAAAAAUGUCAUCCUCUUCUCCUCCUCUGUCUCUCGCUCGAGCUUCUUUGAACUCCGGAAGGAGUUUCAGAAAGGCUUCAAGCAAUCAAGAUCUUGGUCAACCACAUUCGUUUUUUCUAGCUAUUGGAUCCAAGAGAUCUCACUGGCAAUAUCCUUUUUCAUGCCCGCAUAGAUUAUCAAUAAAUCAGAAGCCUGAGCAUGAUUUUGCACUCUCAACUAUCCUGAAAGACAACUCAGCUAUGACCGCGAUUGAGGAAGAUGCUGCACAUCUUGGUAUCAUCAAUGUGGAUCCAUCCUUAGAACAAUUUAAAGACCAUUUUACCUAUAGAUCAAAGAGAUACAUAGAGCAAAAAUCAUUGAUUGAGAAGUAUGAAGGGAGUCUGGAGGAAUUCGCUCAAGGUUAUCUGAAGUUUGGAUUCAACAGAGAACAGGAUGGAAUCGUAUACCGUGAAUGGGCUCCUGCUGCACAGGAAGCGCAACUUAUUGGGGACUUUAAUGGCUGGGACGGUUCCAACCACAAAAUGGAAAGAAAUGAAUUUGGUGUUUGGACGAUUAAAAUUUCAGACACUGAUGGGAAGCCGUCCAUUCCUCACAAUUCCAGGGUUAAAUUUCGCUUUAAGCAUGGUAAUGGAAUAUGGGUUGAUAGAAUUCCAGCUUGGAUCAGAUAUGCCACUGUUGAUUCUAAUGGAUUUGCAGCUCCAUAUGAUGGAGUUCAUUGGGAUCCACCACCUUCAGAAAGGCAUGUGUUUAAAUACCCUCGCCCUCCAAAACCUGCAUCUCCACGCAUAUAUGAGGCUCAUGUCGGGAUGAGUGGUUCAGAACCACGCGUGAGUACAUACAGAGAAUUUGCUGACAAUGUUCUGCCUCGCAUACAAGCAAAUAACUACAAUACUGUUCAGUUGAUGGCUAUUAUGGAACAUUCCUACUAUGCAUCUUUUGGCUAUCAUGUCACAAAUUUUUUUGCUGUUAGCAAUAGAUCAGGAACACCUGAGGACCUCAAGUAUCUGAUUGACAAAGCGCACAGUUUAGGUCUGCGUGUUCUGAUGGAUGUUGUCCAUAGCCAUGCAAGCAACAAUGUUACUGAUGGUCUUAAUGGGUUUGAUGUUGGACAGAGGACUCAAGAGUCUUACUUCCAUACGGGGGAACGCGGUUACCAUAAGCUGUGGGACAGCCGACUAUUCAACUAUGCUAAUUGGGAAGUCUUGAGGUUCCUUUUAUCUAACCUCAGAUGGUGGUUGGAAGAAUUCCAGUUUGAUGGUUUUCGAUUUGAUGGGGUCACUUCAAUGCUGUAUCAUCAUCAUGGUAUCAACAUGGUAUUCACUGGAAAUUAUAGUGAGUAUUUUAGUGAGGCAACUGAUGUGGACGCUGUUGUUUAUAUGAUGCUGGCAAAUCACUUGGUUCACAAACUCUUGCCAGAUGCAACUGUAGUUGCUGAAGAUGUUUCAGGUACACCAGCUCUAUGUCGGCCAGUUUAUGAAGGUGGAGUGGGUUUUGACUAUCGGUUGGCCAUGGCAAUUCCUGACAAGUGGAUCGACUACUUGAAGAACAAAAAAGAUACGGAAUGGUCAAUGCAAGAAAUUUUGUGGAAUUUGACCAACCGCAGAUACAGUGAAAAGUGUAUAGCAUAUGCAGAGAGUCAUGAUCAGGCCAUCGUGGGAGACAAGACAAUUGCCUUUUUAUUGAUGGAUAAGGAAAUGUACUCUGGAAUGUCUGAUUUACAACCCUCUUCGCCUGUAGUUGAAAGAGGGAUUGCACUUCAUAAGAUGAUUCACUUCAUAACCAUUACACUAGGAGGUGAAGGUUACUUAAAUUUCAUGGGAAAUGAGUUCGGUCAUCCAGAAUGGAUUGACUUUCCAAGAGAAGGCAAUGGUUGGAGUUACGAUAAGUGCAGACGCCAAUGGAACCUUGUUGACACUGAUCACCUAAGAUACAAGCACUUGAAUGCGUUUGAUAGAGGGAUGAAUUUGCUUGAUGAUAGAUUUUCGUUCCUUGCAUCAACAAAGCAGAUUGUGAGCAGUAUAAAUGAAGAGGACAAGGUAAUUGUUUUUGAACGUGGAGAUUUGGUUUUUGUGUUCAAUUUCCAUCCUGAAAACACUUAUGAUGGGUAUAAAGUUGGGUGUGACUUGCCAGGAAAGUACAGAGUUGCACUGGAUAGUGAUGCUUCUGAAUUUGGUGGACGUGGAAGAGUUGGUCAUGACGUGGACCAUUUCACUACCCCUGAAGGCAUACCAGGGGUACCUGAAACAAAUUUCAACAAUCGGCCGAACUCGUUCAAAGUCCUAUCUCCUGCUCACACUUGUGUGGCAUAUUACAAAGUUGAAGAAAACUCUGAAGGCUUUGAUGAGGAGAUGACGGAUACUGAGGAGGCAGUAGCAAGAGACAAGGAACCUGAGAGGGAGACUUCCUACCAAACUGCUGCUAAAGUUCUGGUCCCAAUGAGAGUGGGAGAUGAAGAUGAAAUAGAAGAUAUGGGAGAUGCAGAAGCUGAUGGUUAAAAUUAAUUAUCGUACAGAGUUAUAACUAUCUGUUGAUAACCUGUAAUAAAUGCCAAAAUGACCUCCAAGUUGGUUAAAACAGGUCCAUAUUUGAAUAUUUUAUCAUGUCCAUGAUGGAAUUGCCAUUAUCUGUGGUCAA